UGUCUAUCACUGAUGCGAAAUUGCACUGUUGAAGAUGUAAUGAACAGGUAGUUAGACAUAAGAAUAAUAGACGCAACAUUUCAUCCAUGAAAACAUCUUAUUUUUUGGACUCCGGUAAAAAGUUUACGCGAAUGUUCAGCGACAAUUCCGUGUGGCAAAAUGGAUGCAAUUUCUUUGAUUUUAGUUCCAAUUCUAGUACUGCUGAUAUCUGUGUGGAUUUCAGUUAGAAGAAAAGGAAAUAAUCCUUUACCGGGGCCGCUAGGAUUGCCAUUUGUAGGAUACAUUCCGUUUAUGACUAGCAAACCAUACGUUAAACUUGCAAAAUUGGCGAAGAGGUAUGGACCUGUUUACAGUGUACGACUUGGUGGAAGAGAGAUCAUCAUUCUCACAGACUUCAAGUCGAUCAAAGAAGCUUUUGCCAGCGAUGCUUUCAUGGGACGACCAAAGGACCUUCCUUUUGACCUGUCAGAAACAACCAAAAAAACUGGUGCUUUUCAUGGCAAAGAAUGGAAAGAUCAAAAAGCCUUUGCGUUGCAUAUGCUUCGAGAUCUAGGUUUUGGAAAAACAAAAAUGGAAGAACAUCUGAGGGAAGAAAUCGAAGAUGUUUUAAACCGAAUGGAUGAACUGGUCGGGAAGCCAACCAGAUUGGCAGACAUUUUAUCCCCCAGCGUUACGAACAACAUUGGUUCCUUAUUGUUCGGUAAACGCCGAGAUCACAGUGAUCCAAAACUGACACAGCUCCAGAGCAAUAUCAACGACAUAGGCAGACUAGCAGGCGCAACUACGUGGCAGUUGUUUUUCCCUUGGAUAGGAGCCAUUCUAGGUUAUUUUAAAAUCGGCGACAAAGGCAGACUAAAAAUGGCCAAUCAGUAUUUGCAAGAAUAUGUAGAUGAGGAAAUUAAAGAACAUUUAAAAAGUCUGGAUUCCAACAACAUCCGGGAUUUUAUAGAUGGAUAUUUGUUACAAAUGGAGAAGAAGUCGAAGGAUCCUUCUUCAACAUUUCAUAGAGAUGUGCUGAUAGACGUUGGAAGAGGUUUCUUCGCCGCUGGCAGUGAGACUGCUUGGAUAUCUGUGAAUUGGUUUCUUCUAAUAUGCGCUGCUUUUCCUGAAGUUCAGAAGAAAAUACAUGAGGAGAUUAUGGAAACGUUGGGACAUGAGCGUUUCCCCACCAGAGCAGAUUAUAUGAAUAUGCCCUAUACAGAAGCAAUCAUUAUGGAAAUUAACAGAUGGAUAACCACUAUUCCUUUGAACAUCAUGAGAUCCACACUGGAAGACACUGAACUAAAUGGAUAUUUCAUCCCAAAAGAUUCUUAUGUUUUGGCUGACUUGUGGGCAGUUCAUCAUGACAAAACUCUGUGGGGAAAAGAUGCUGACAUCUUUAAACCAGAACGAUUUUUGAGCGAAGAUGGUAAAAAGGUCAUAAAGCCAGAGUAUUACAUUCCAUUCUCAAUAGGAAAGUGUCAAUGCCCUGGCAAGAUAUUCGCAGAAGUUGAACUAUUCCUCUAUGACGUAGCAAUCUUACAAAGAUUUGAAGUCAGUUUGCCACUUGGUAAGAAAGCUGAUUUGGAAGGAGUGUUAGGAAUUACACUUCAGCCGAAAAGACAAGAACUGAUUCUUAAAAGACGCUAAAAGGAAGAAGUAGAUAUUGAUUAGCAGUGAGGAAUAAUCUUUGAUAAGCGGAGAAUUUUCGACGCAUAAAAUGCAAAAAUCCGCACAUUUUCCAAGAAUUUAUUUCUUAUUUUCAGAAAGGAUAUGUGUAAUUUCUAUGGUAUCAUUUAAAAACAAAUAGGAUGUUCUCGCUUAAUUUUAACAAUUUAAACAUAUACAAACAUCAUAACAUUUCUUCUAUAUUUUGCCAGGAACUUACUUUUUUUGAACUGCUCCUAUUUAGAAUUUAAUCGAGAAAUCAAUAAAACUCUUACUUAGUAGUACAAGUAAACAAUUUCAGUUAAACAAAACGCUAAUCAAUUACAAAUUUUGACACAAAAUUUUCCACAACAAUUUCAUAAAUAUUUUUAUAUUUCAUAAAAUUUUAUUAGUUAGGCAGUUUUUUCAAAAUUUGCAACCUAAAUUUUUGUAAUAAGAGAGCGAAAUGUAUAUUAUGCAUUUACAGAAAAGAACAAAUUGUUAUAGUUUCAAAUAUUGAAUAACACCAAUGGUCGAAAGGUUAAUGGUUCAAUUUGUAUAACAGUCUCAAACUACCUUUUCUUUUGGUGAGU